AUGGCUAAAGAAACAGACUCGGUGGGAGAUCAACCGCCUGCAUACAAUCAACUUGACCAGUCGCACCUGGCAUUGCCACCUCUAAAUCUCACUCGAGAUGCCGGACCACCUCAGUACACGACAGUCGCAUCUGACCAGUGUGUUGCCCAUCUUAAGCUGCUCGCAGCACUUGCCGAUCUGCGCGACAGCGUGGCCAGCACUCGUGGGAUCUUCGGUAUCCAGGACCCUGAUCCGGAGAUCUUCCAUCCAGAGUCCCAGGAGGCAAAUGAAGCGUGGGCUCGAGUCAAGGAAAAGCGAUGGGCAGUUUAUACCACCCGAGCAGUGGACCGUUAUGCAGCCUGGUGGGAAUUGUGUGCGCCUGCUUCCAUCGCACGGCCUGGGCUCAGCAACCUCAAGAACCCCAGCUACGGAAAGAUAACGGACUGUGACAAGCCCCUGGAAUGGCUGCAGGACAAUCUGCCCCCUCUCGACGUUCUGAUGGUAUGGCAUGCACACAUGCUGAAUCCUCGUGCUUUUCUCGAGGACUGCAUACGGCACGGGAAAAUGAGCUUCUGGGCCAGCGGCCUUCCUUGGGAAGCCGUUAACGCCUCCAUCGACAAUGUAUCGCUCGACUACGAUGCAGGGCCCAACGCGCAGGAGACCUUUCUGCAAAAGACAGGUCACCCCUGGGACAAUCUUGAGGACACAUCCGACAAGUCGUUGACCUGCCCCGGCUGUGGAAAACAGGUCUUCGUCCCUUGGACAGACGGGGGCAUGCUCCUUGCGCUGGACGACGCAUUCGAGCACUGGCACGGCUUCGCAGACAGGGAUUUCCGCCACUCAUGCCCCCAUUGCUCAUACCGCAUCGACCACGAGAGUCUCAAGAUCGCCAAAUUCUGCCGAGACAUCGAAUUGCUCGUGACGAAAGACAUCCCGAUGCCGGGCACCUACUACAACCUGCGAGGGAUUCCUGAGCCCGCCAGCGAUACGCGCCGACGGAGACAGCAGUUCAACUUCCCCAAUCGUCUUCUCGAGGUCGUCGGCACUGAUAUCAUCGACUACGCCAACCCUCGCUGGAACCGCGGUCAGAACCUGACCAUGAAGACAAUCAACGACUACCUCGGGGCGCAGAUCCAGCAGAAAGAGAUCAUGUACAAGUCCAACCCGGGCAGCUGGCAGACGACGCUGCACCCAGAGGAGAAAGUCGCCUACCGGCGCAUGAUGUCGCACUACUGGGACAACAGCUCGCCGCUGGCGCUGGACCUGGUCGGGGCCGUGAUCCGGCAGGGCACCUUCAUCCAGAAGAUGGACCAGAUCGACUGGCUGCACUCGCCGACGCUGCAGUCGACGAUGGACCGGCUCAUCAAGAAAUACCACACCUUCUUCAGCAUCAUGUCACAGAACCCACGGCGCAUGGCCGUGCCGACCCUAGACGUGGACCUAGCCUGGCAUACGCACCAGCUGACACCAGCCCGCUACUUCGCCUUCUCGACCCACCGCACCCGCGAAGACAGCGCCGGUCAACCCAUCCUGAUCGACCACGACGACAAAGUCGACGAGACCAAGCUCUCCGACGGCUUCGAGUGGACGAGCAAGGCCUACAAGAAACUCACCGACGGCGAGAUCUACAGCGAAUGCACCUGCUGGUACUGCGAGGCCGUGCGCGCCGCCACCGACUCCCCCAUCGCCCUCCCUCCCUUCUUCCCUUUCUCCUCCUCCACCUCCUCCCGCGCCCGCCACGCCGCUAGAAGACUCCACGACCGCCCCGACAUCUCCUCCGACCCCAGCAAGAACCCGCACGUCUCCGCCCACAGCGCCGUCCGCCCGCAAACCGCUGACAACACCAAGACCAACGACAGUAAAACCCGUGGUCUGGAUUCCCGCGAAGUCAAGUUCCUGAAACUCCGUCAAGAUUACGAGAAGGCGCGUCGCCGCGCCGAGAAGCGCGGCAGCAAAUCUAAGGAUGGGAAGAAGGAUCCCGACAAUAAAACCGCAGUGGACCCGGUCUACGGGUAUUAUCCUCUGCUGUGGGGGUAUCCCGUCUACGUGCCGUUCUAUGCGCCCUACUCCUGCGACCCUGGCGUGCAUGCCGAUGCGUAUGUUGCGAAUCCUAGCUGUAUGAGUUUCGUGGAGGGAGUGCAUGGGAAUUGUGCUGCGGGGACGUGUGGAGGGGGCGUUGCGGCCGGGAGUUGUGGCGGGAUGGGCGGGACCGGCGGUGGGGGUGGGGGUGGUUGCGGAGGAGGAGGAGGAGGAGGAGGAGGCGGCGGUUGUGGGGGUGGUGGUGGCGGGUGUUGA